AUGGACGAGAGCAAACCCCUGAAGGUCCGGCUGACGUUCUCCGUGAUCCUGGUUGGCGUCUCACUCCUGUUUGCAGCCGUAGUGACUGACCACUGGGCCGUACUGAGCCCCAAAGUGGAGGAAUAUAACGCCACCUGCGAAGCGGCUCAUUUUGGGCUAUGGCGACUCUGUACAAAGCGGAUUUUUAUGCAGGAGCAAAGUCCCAAAGAGAAGGGCUGUGGGCCAAUAAGCCUGCCAGGAGAACACAACUGCUCCUACUUCAAGCACUUCACACCAGGACAGAGCUCAGAGAUAUUUGAAGUAACCACCCAGAAAGAAUACAGCAUUUCAGCUGCAGCCAUUGCCAUCUUCAGCGUUGGCUUUGCAAUCAUCGGAACAAUCUGCGUCCUCUUAUCCUUCAGGAAGAAAAAGGACUACCUGCUGAAGCCAGCAUCCAUGUUCUACACCUUCGCAGGUCUCUGCAUCAUCAUCUCUGUUGAAGUCAUGAGACAAUCCGUGAAGAGGAUGAUCGACAGCAAGGAGACAGUCUGGAUUGAGUACAGCUACUCCUGGUCCUUCGCCUGUGCCUGCGCCUCCUUCGUCCUGCUCUUCAUCUGCGGCAUCACCCUCCUCCUGAUCGCGCUGCCUCGCUUCCCCCAGAACCCCUGGGAGACCUGCAUGGAUGCAGAACCGGAGCACUGAUGUUCCCAGCACCCGUGAAAAAAAAAACCAGAAAAUGUUCUGAAAAGAUUUGUAUUUUUUAAAACGUCUGGGUCUCACUAUAGAACAUGCACUCUGUUAACUAAGUCAUUACUGAACCAAGGCAUGUUCAAUU